GGUCCCCUGCGCUGGGAGCGGCGCGAGAAGCGGCGGGAGAAGGGCGAUGGCCACCCAUGCCGUACGCCGCCUCCGGCUUCUUCGUGCUGAGAGGAGGGGCACCCCCCCGAGGACGCCGGCGAGCGAGGCGAGCAGCCAACCGCGCACAAGUUAAGGGCAGCCAAACACCCCCCCAUCCCGGAGAUCCGGAUCUCCGCGCCCGCGUACCGUCAAUCUGCUCGCGCCACAGGCACAGGGACAGCGCCUUGCAGCCGGAGCAGCGGACGAAGGGAGGAGGAGGAAGCGGAGAUGGUGCACGGGACGCUGGAGGUGCUGCUCAUCGGGGCCAAGGGCCUCGAGAACACCGAUUACCUGUGCAACAUGGAUCCGUAUGCAGUUCUCAAGUGUCGCUCACAGGAGCAGAGAAGCAGUAUAGCAUCAGGCAAAGGAAGUAAUCCUGAAUGGAAUGAAAACUUUGUCUUCACUGUGUCUGACCGAGCUACAGAGCUGUUGAUCAAGCUCUUGGACAGUGAUACUGGCUCGGCCGAUGACUUUGUUGGUGAAGCAACGAUUCCUUUGGAAGCAGUGUAUACUGAAGGAAGUAUUCCACCAACUCUGUAUAAUGUUGUGAAGGAUGAACACUACUGCGGAGAAAUCAAAGUUGGUCUCACAUUCACUCCUGAGGACGUUCGCCAGCGUGGUCUUCCUGAGGACUUUGGUGGAUGGAGACAAUCUCGUUAAGGAAGGCAGAUGCUUUCAGGUUUCUACAGUCCUAUGAUACAUCAUGUUCAUCAAACAUUGAAACCCCGUGCAAUUACAUGUCAGUUUAUCAGGCUUCAUCAAUCAUGUUUAAAAAAGUACCAUUUGUCUAAAGCUAGCUGAUUUAGAGUGUUGGUAUACUUUCUUAUUACUCGAAGUAUAUGAUACAGUUUGUUGUUACUUCUCGUGAAUAUAACUGGAGGAACUGUAUUUUUCUUGUUCACAUGACUGAUACGCGGUAACUCUUGCAGUUUAUCUGAUGA